AUGGCAUCCACAUCAAGUCUAGAUGCAUUUGAAACGUGCAAAAAAUGUUUGGCAGGAAGUGCCGCCGCUGCCAUCAGCAAAACGACAACAGCGCCGUUUGACCGUGUCAAACUUGUCCUCCAGCUUCAAAGGAAAGGAGAAUUCGCUGUAGCAGAAUACAAUGGAAUUCGAGACUGCCUUACAAAAAUUAGACUGGAACAAGGCCCUAUGGCUCUUUGGAGAGGAAACGGAGCCGGUGUAGCUAGAUGUCUUCCAAACCACACGCUCAAUUUUGCAUUCCGUGACAUCUACAGAAAUAAACUUCUCAAAAACGUUGACCGUCAGAAGAGUUUCAGCAAGUUUCUUGCCGGUACAUUUGUAUCAGGAGGUCUUGGUGGCGCGACUACACUCUUCAUUUUGUAUCCAUUCGACUUUGCCAGAACUCGUCUUGCCUUGGACACCAAGAAAGAUGGAUCAAAGAAAUAUACAGGAAUGGUUGACUGUCUCCAGAAGAUUAGAGCCCGUGAAGGCGUGACAUCCUGGUUUAAAGGACUCUCCGCAGCUAUGCAGUUUGUCAUUGCCUCUCGAGCCAUCUUCUUUGGAAUCUUCGACAGUAUUAGAACAAGUGUAGAGGAUCCAAAAUCCUUGAAUUUCGCGGCAUGCUGGGCAAUUGCACAGGUGUCUAUCACUACAAGUGGCAUGAUGUGCUAUCCGUUGGAUACUGUACGACGCAGUAUGAUGAUGCAAGCUGGAAAGAAAGUGAAGCAAUAUGCUAGCACGAAAGAUUGCUGGAAAACUUUAUACAAAAAAGACGGAUUCAAUGGAUUCUACCGAGGUGCUCUCACAAACUCGCUCCGAUCUACUGGUGGAGCACUUAUCAUCACAUUUUAUUACGAGUUCUCGAAAUACAUGUAA